AAUGCCAGGGGCUGCGCUCCCGCCCGGGGAGCCCGGAGCCGGAUCUACAAUCCCGUCCCUCCCGCUCCGGCGCUUGUUGCUCGCCGGGUCCGGAGCUGCCGCCGCCGGGCAGCCUGGCUGCUUCCUUCUCCGCCUUCCCGCGUCCCACCUACCCCCGAGAGCAGGUUGAGGGGGAACAGCAGUCCCUGCAGGAGGGAGGGGGUCGGUGUAAACAGGUAUUGCCCCCCACCUUCAUAUCUUGGGGCGCUACGUACCCGCGGGGGCAAGACAUGCGUCGCUUCCCGCUGCCCAGCCUCGCUGCCACCCGCGCCUGGAGAGGAGGGAUUGCGGAUCCCACACCUGCAAACUCACCCUAGAAGUCUCAAGGUGCGGUUGGGGGGGAGGGAGGGGUAAACUCCCCAAGGCCUCCACCUCUCUGCGGGUGGCCUCAGCCCCUGUCCGGGGACCCGUGCCAAUGACCCUAGUGGUGGUUUCGCUUUCUACCCUCUCGGCUGUGUGAACGUGUAUCCGCAGCGUGAUGGGCAACCAGGUGGAGAAACUGACCCACCUAAGUUAUAAGGAAGUUCCCACGGCCGACCCGACUGGCGUGGACCGUGACGACGGGCCUCGCAUCGGGGUCUCCUACAUUUUCUCCAACGACGAUGAGGACGUGGAGCCGCAGCCGCCGCCCCAGGGGCCGGAUGGCGGCGGCGGCGACGGCUUCCCCGACGGCGGCGACGGACCACCACUGCCGCCGCCGCAGCCGUACGACCCGCGGCUGCACGAAGUGGAGUGUUCCGUGUUCUACCGCGACGAGUGCAUCUACCAGAAGAGCUUCUCGCCGGGCUCCGCGGCGCUGAGCACCUACACGCCCGAGAACCUGCUCAACAAGUGCAGGCCUGGCGACCUGGUGGAGUUCGUGUCGCAGGCGCAGUACCCGCACUGGGCUGUAUACGUGGGCAACUUCCAGGUGGUGCACUUGCACCGGCUGGAAGUGAGCAACAGCUUCCUGACCGACGCGAGCCAGGGCCGGCGCGGCCGCGUGGUGAACGACCUGUACCGCUACAAGCCACUAAGCCCGGGCGCCGUGGUGCGCAACGCGCUGGCACACGUGGGCGCCAAGGAGCGCGAGCUGAGCUGGCGCAACUCCGAGAGCUUCGCCGCCUGGUGCCGCUACGGCAAACGCGAGUUCAAGAUUGGCGGCGAGCUGCGCAUCGGCAAGCAGCCCUACCGGCUGCAGAUCCAGCUCUCCGCGCAGCGCAGCCACACUCUCGAGUUCCAGAGCCUGGAGGACCUGAUCAUGGAGAAACGGCGCAACGACCAGAUCGGGCGCGCGGCGGUGCUGCAGGAGCUCGCCAUGCACCUACAUCCGGCCGAGCCGGACGAGGGCGACAGCGAUGCGGCGCGGACUACGCCGCCUCCCGGGCGCCCCCCUGCGCCCGGACGGGAGGAAGAGGCCCGAGAGGCGGCGGUGCACUGAGGCUCGAGCCGAGUGCUAAGCCUUGAGAGGGAGCCGUUCGCCGCGGCCGCCACCCCCUCCCUCCUCUCACUCCCUCCUCCAGCACCUUCGGGGCCCCAUCUGGGCUCCUGGGCCCUUUGGGAAAAGGAGAGGUGGCGAAUUGCGCAGCCAGCUGUGGCUUGAGCUUUUAUCUUGGACGGAGGAGGAAGAGGGAGCAGAAAUUCCAACCAGAAGACAAGAACUUCAAAGCUGGACUCCGGCCCUCUUUUGGAGCAAGCAGCAGCAUCUCAGGCAAAGUGAAGGGAGUGGCUUCAGUCUUGUUCCUGAGAGCAGACAUGCCCUUCAGAAUACUUCAUGAGUGGCGCUUCGUGUGUGUCUCAUACUACAGCACAUCAAGCUAGACGCAAAGUCCGACUACUCCACCUUUCCUGUGGCUGAGAUGAAUUGGUGGAUUCAGACGAAAUCACACCUGCUUCUCAGAGCCGUGACGACAAACAGGACAGCAUCCACAAAAAGCUCUAGGACAACACCUGAUACAUCGGACCCUUUCAGUACCUGUUUAUGUUCCUACUUUUGUCCACACCAAGAAAAUACCCAUACGAUUGUGGGUGAUCCUCUCCCAUGCUUGGAUGGUCCGUCUCAGAUGGCAGAGUUUGGCAGAAAUCAGUGAUUUUUCAGAAUGUUGGAAGGCGCCUACAGCUGGCACUAGUGUAUUUUGUCUCUUCAAAGCGCCUAUGAACACUCCUUUGCUUUUCCAGACAAGAGUAAGCUUAGGAAUGCCUUGCUUCACUCUAGGUCAGGCUGCCUGCAGAUAUAGACCCUUUCCUCUGCUGCCUUGUGGCCAGUUACAUUAAACACAGUACAUGACAAGAGUUUAUUAAUACUGUACUAUAGUCAACAUCCGUGCGAGCACAUAAAAUGGCUCCCAUGCAGAAAAAGAUUGAAAAGAAACGCAGUAAGAAAAAGGAGAUGAUUACAGUGGAAGUUAAGAAGGAAAUCAUCGAGAAGUAUGAACGAGGUAUGCGAGCGGUCGAAAUUGCAAGAUUUCACAAGAAGUCUACAUCUACCUCUCGCCUGUAGAGGAGGAGGAGAGAAAGGUGGAGGAAUCCCUCACUUCAAAUGAGAUUAGGGAGAUGUGUAAAAUUUGGGAAACUGCAAAAUUUUGUGGAAAAGCACCACCCGAAUAAGGCUGUAGCAGGGCAAGCGAUGAAUCUGUUUAACGACAACGUGAUGUCACAUUUGCACAAAGUCCUCAAAAGGAGGCAAAAGCAAGUGUCACUGGACAGUUUCCUUGUUAAAGUUGAACGAAGAGAAAAGGAUUCCAUCAAGCCAACAGCAGCGAUUCCGUUAGUGAUAGUGAAAAUUGUCCUACACAAUAACCCUCCUCUCUCUUGUCUCCUUCACACCCACACAAAGGUUUUCAAAGUUUGCGAAGAAUCAUCACCUCCCUGUUAAAGGUGAAGAAAGUGACAUGGGACAUGAUGUGACUGGCCAACUAAUCAUCCUAAGUGAUGUGGCCUCUGGAAGGGGCAGUUCUGUCAGACGGCAGUCUGUCCCCGAUGUUGGCAGAAGGCUGACAGGUCUGGCUGCAGGAGACCCUGAGUACUUACUGCUGUCCAUCAAGCAAGGGAAAGGACCACCUCACAUGUCCAAACGGGGCUGGAUGUUGUCAAAUUCCUCGCGGCUGUCAGUCUCCUUUUCUCCAGCCUGGCGACAGGUGUCCCGACAGAGCCCAGUUACCAAAGGCAGUCACCGACUGCUUGCGCGCCUUCCAGAGGAGCUCGUGUUCCAGCAUCAAAAACUGAAGCUUGUGCAUUGAGGUAACGAGCUGCUCCCAGGCAGGGACUGACUCACUUAUUUACCAGACUUUCUCCUUUUCCUCGACAAUAGUGCCAGCCCUUAAGAGCUGCUCAGUAAAUGUCUUUUGAAUGGACUAAGGCACAAGCAUCUGGUGCUUCCAAUGCUAUCAGCUUUAAUAAACACCAUUGAGUGGCAUCUUGUGAAGAUUAGCUAAAACAACCUGGCAGCGUCAGCGGGUAGUUAUUUUGGUCCCCAUUUUAUUUAGGAGGAAUCUGCAAGAAGUUAAGUAAUUUGCUCAAGAGGCACAAAGCUUGUUAAUGGCAGAGUCGGGAUCUGAACUCUGGUCUGUCCAUUUCCACACCGUGGGGAGUUUGGUGCACGUCACUGAGAAGCACUGUGGCACUGAUACCGUGCAAAGAGCCGUGGAAACACAGAAGUCACUGCUUACGACAGUCUUCACAGAGGAAAUACUGCAAGUUUUGUGAGCUGAAUAUUGAGAUGCGUUCUGCAAUGUGGAGAAGGGCCGGGGGGCAUUCAAGUCAGCGCUGCAUUUGCAAAAGGCAGAGCAUGGGUAGGAAGAAGCGAGACUGUGCGGCUGCACACAGGGAACGGGUUCUAAGUCAGGCAGGUAAGAGGAUGGGGGAUGAUGUGCUCAGGCAAGUUAGAGUCAGAGUAUAGGUGAGGCACGAUUCUACCCAACUUGGACAGCUUCCAGAGAAUUCUAUAAUAAGCCAGCUGCAUGGCCGGAAUGUGCACUUGUCUUUGCAGAGUUUGGCAGUGGAGAAAAAUCUUCUGGGGAAUAGUUCUCCUGGAAGGGAGACCCCUCCCUUCCCCCCACCUUCUUUGCCACCAGUACAGCAAACGUGUGACCUCCAGCAGUGUACCUUCCAGAAGAAAUACUAGUUAAAUUCUCUUAAGGAACUUAGGCAACCAAUUGGACCCUUAAGGUCUUUGGGUUUCCUGAUUAUAAAGGUUCUGUCUUUGAUGCCCUCAUUGCUAGUAGCAGCUGCAUGGUUUGUGGAAGUUAAUGUCCCUUUUCUCAUCUCUGCAGAUUGAGGACACCACAAAAGAAUGCUGCGGGGCGUACGGCCACAAACUUGACAUUUCUAGCUCCAGAUCUGCACAGGCAAUGGCUGUGCUGCAGGGACUGUCCCCUGUGCCUACUCCCUGGUCAUCUGAGUGGAUCUGUAUUGCUGUUUGGAAAUAUCAGCCUCUGUUGCACAUCUUCCAACCAGCUGGCCAGAGUGGGAGGUGGAGCCCCUUGCUAUGAAACAGAGCUUUACUUUGCUGAUAACGUGUGUCCGUAAUGUAUUGAAGGUAACUUAGAAAUGCUGUGAGCCCAAACUUCAUUUUAUGGAGGAAAAUAACUGAGGCUCAGAGACGUGGAGUGUCACGCUCGGGGUCACCCAGCAGCCCUGCCUUGUCCUAUGUAGUAGCCACUCCCCUCCUGUGCCCACGAAGCCCUUGAAAUGGGGCCAGUCUGACCGGAGUGUGCUUUCAGUGUAAAUACACACAGGAUUUCAUUGACUCCGUAGGAACAUAAGUAUUGUUGAAAUGAUGACAUUUUG